AUGUUCCCGUACGACGUCAACACCCUCAAGAAGAAGGAAGGUUCUACUGGGUAUCCAGAUGUCGCGUUACGACUGAUAUAUUACCGACAUCUAGCACCCGUCUCAAGCUCGUAUGUGAUGCGGAUAUUCUCUGGAUGGGAUGGAGAUAGCGAUUUACCACGAAUUCUGUCAAUGUCGACCAGUCUCUCAUUCUCCACGAUGGAACCAUUUGACGGUAGCGCUUUUUCCUAUGCCCGUAGCAUCCGCUUGACGUUUUCCUCUCAGGCUCCUUGGCUGCUUGUGCUUCCCAGCCAGGAUCCAACGCUUAUGGCGUGGAGUUCGACUCUCCCGAAAUGUUAUCGUCCCUCGGUAGCACGCAUCUUAGAUGAAAGUGAUUCAUUUGCACGCCUGUAUUCCCAGAGAUGUGAUACCGUUCAUGUAUGGCGGAUGAGAUGCUGCGAUGUCUCCCUAGCGUGUAAACCUCGAUGGAUCAUCGUUCCCACAGCCAUUACAAAACCGUCAACGAGCAUCUAUAGCAAUACAGACUGUUACGCACCAAAGAAACCAAUUGUACUUCCUGUCCAUGUCAAUGCACCCGCUGCACUAUACGAACGAUUGCCGGAUGCUAACAAGUGUUCCGACCGCAACAGCCUCUUUUCCAGCGGGGCCUCUAUACGUUUGAACAAGGGUGAUGUAAUGUUUAGCACUGAACCGCGCCAGCCUGAACGUCCUCUAAUAGCAGCCCCUGGGUUCGAUCUUGCUGAUGUCUUCUGGCAGCUCAGCGCCAGCAGUUCGAUUCUCCGAGAACAUCAUUUCGUUCUGCGUGCUGGAAGUGACGAUGUGAUACCGAAGUCCUUCGCGCUGGCUUUCAGGCCAGUGCCUACACACGGCUCCACCCUCGUUCUACUGCUAGUACUUCCAUGGCUCUGUGACGCUACCAAGUACGGCUUUAGUGGUGGUGAGAUACGCCGCACGAAGACCACCCGAAGGGACGUUUCAACCUGGUCAACUGAGCUCGUUCGCCCACGUACACCUGUUCUUCUCGACGGAAGUCACCCCGGUGGUAAGGAACGCAUGCACGUGGCUGGUUGCUCUGCGCUCUCACCGGACCGGCUCCUAACAAAAACGACCUAG